AUGGCUACCACUUCUUUUCAAAGCUCUAAGCAGUAUGAACUGGAUUGCCAACAUCUUCAUUCUUAUUUCUCUGGCAAUGGUGCAAUCAACAACCAGAAGAUUGUGGAGAUCUUCGUAUACAGAAAUUCCCAUGAGUUUAAGUUCAUUCGCCAAACUUACAGUGCUCUCUAUGGUCAGAAUGUUCUUCAUCUUAUCUCAAGUAUUCAGAGGAAUAAUCCAUCUGCUAGAGCAGCUUAUCUUCGAAUGAUAGAACCGCAAGAGCGUGAUGCUGAAAUAAUGAGGAACUCGCUGUUUGGAGGGAGUACUGUGAAUCUUAACGCUUUCGUUGAGAUUGCAUGCAGCCGACCAUCUCAGGAACUGCAGUGUAUUAAGCAGACCUACCGCUCAAGAUACAGUUCUGAUCUUGAACAAGAUGUCACUGCCAAAAUUAAUGGUGGAUUCAAAGAGAUUCUUCUGGCAGUUUUGAAGUCGUGUCGUAGCUAUGGUGGGAGAGUGGACAUGAGCAUGGCCAUGUGCGACGCCAAGACUCUGUACGAGGCUGUAGAAAGCGGGAGGACCGUUGACCAGAAGACCAUCAUUUCAGUUCUAAGUCAACGGAAUUCUGAGCAGGUAAAAGCCAUUCUCGUCUCCUACAAACAGCUUUAUGGGCAGGAAUUCUCCAAGUUCAUGAAGCAAAGCAAAUGCGGGCAGUUUGGAAAAGAAGUUGGAAUCGUAAUCCGAUUCAUACAAAAUCCCGAAAAGUUCUUUGCAAAGCAGCUGAUGAGGAUGAAGAGCGCUGAUGCUCGAGAGAUUUUGAUUCGACUGGUGAUCACUCGGUCGGAGAUAGAUAUCAAAGAUAUUGACGAGGCUUUUGCAGCCAAAACGGGGAGUUCCAUUGAGAACCUUGUGAGAAGGGAAUUCAACGGUAAUAAAGAUCAGACUGGUGACAUUGUAGCUCGCAUCUUGAUUGGACUGAUGAAACGAAAUUGA